ACUCCUGAGGAGGCUGAUGUAAGCAAUGGCACAGUAAAGAAAGAGUCUUCUAAUAAAGAAGUAGCAAGAAUAUGGAUAAAUGACAUGAAAAUGAGGAGUUUUUCCCCGACCAUGAAGGUCCCUGUUGUGAAAGAGGAAGAUGAACCAGAAGAAGAAGAUGAAGAAGAAAUGGGUCAUGCGGAAACCUAUGCAGAGUAUAUGCCAAUAAAAUUAAAAAUUGGCCUCCGUCACCCAGAUGCUGUAGUUGAGACUAGUUCUUUAUCCAGUGUUACUCCUCCUGAUGUUUGGUACAAGACAUCUAUUUCUGAAGAAACCAUUGAUAAUGGCUGGUUAUCAGCAUUACAGCUUGAAGCAAUUACUUACGCAGCCCAGCAACAUGAAACAUUCCUACCUAAUGGAGAUCGUGCCGGCUUCUUAAUAGGCGAUGGUGCUGGUGUAGGAAAAGGAAGGACAAUAGCAGGAAUCAUCUAUGAAAAUUAUUUGUUGAGUAGAAAACGGGCUUUGUGGUUCAGUGUUUCAAAUGAUUUAAAGUAUGAUGCUGAAAGAGAUUUGAGGGAUAUUGGAGCAAAAAACAUUUUGGUCCAUUCAUUGAAUAAGUUUAAAUAUGGAAAAAUUUCUUCCAAACAUAAUGGGAGUGUGAAGAAGGGUGUUAUUUUUGCUACCUAUUCUUCCCUAAUUGGUGAAAGUCAGUCUGGUGGUAAAUAUAAGACGAGGUUAAAACAACUUCUACAUUGGUGCGGUGAUGACUUCGAUGGAGUGAUAGUUUUUGAUGAAUGUCAUAAAGCAAAAAACUUAUGUCCUGUUGGUUCUUCAAAGCCAACCAAGACAGGCUUAGCAGUUUUGGAACUUCAGAACAAAUUGCCAAAAGCCAGAGUUGUCUAUGCUAGUGCCACUGGUGCUUCUGAACCACGAAAUAUGGCCUAUAUGAACCGUCUUGGAAUAUGGGGUGAGGGAACUCCAUUUAGAGAAUUCAGUGACUUUAUUCAGGCAGUAGAACGGAGAGGUGUUGGUGCCAUGGAAAUAGUUGCUAUGGAUAUGAAGCUUAGAGGAAUGUACAUUGCUCGACAGCUGAGCUUUACUGGAGUGACCUUCAAAAUUGAGGAAGUUCUUCUUUCUCAGAGCUAUGUUAAAAUGUAUAACAAAGCAGUCAAACUGGUGAGCCUUUUUUCCUUAACUCCUAGUAUUUUUAAUGUACCUGAUGAUGUUUUUGUUAGUUUUGUCCAGUGA